AUGUCGGAUGCGGAGCAAGGUUGGAAACCCAGUGGUCGGCCUCAGUCGACCAUGGCGCAGGCUUUCUCCUCGGUACUAGACAGUGCCUUUUCUCUCGAUUCGGAUGUCGAUAACCUUUCAUCAAGUCUCGAUCACAAGAGACAGCAAAUGUUGGUCCAGAACCGGGAGUUGGAAGAACUUCAGGCCAAAAUCCGGGCCGCUGAAGAGCGCCUGAAAGCGCGAGAGACCACUACCUACGAUGGAAGCGGCUCUGGCAACAACGCGACCCACAAGAACCAAGGAUACCAUUCAGGAUCCACGUCGGCAGCGACAUCCCCGACGGAUACGGCAGGCCAGUAUUCCAGCGGCGAUGAACGGCUACGAGGCUACCGAGGCAAUUCGUGA